CGUCGUCUCUUUGGGUACCCACCUCUUGCUUCACAUUCUCCAAGUCAUUCCUUUCUUUGCAGUCAUUCUUUUCUAGCCGACCUGCUUGAGGCAGGUUCUCACUUAUUCAUUCCUUACGUUCAAACGUCAUUCAACUGUCAAUCUGUGAUUGAUCCUUACAUUCCUUUUUUUGCAAGAUGUUUCGAUCCGCCCUGUUUCUCCUCCUCGCUCCCUUGGCGCUCAGCCACACAACCUUCACCACGCUCUACGUGGACGAAGUUAACCAGGGCGAUGGCACCUGCGUCCGUAUGAACCACGAUGCCAACACCGCCACAUACCCCAUCGAGCCCUUGUCCAGCAAGGAUAUCGCCUGCGGCAAAGAUGGUGAAAAAGGCGUCGCCCGCGUGUGCCCUGCGAAAGCCAACUCCCUCCUGACCUUCGAAUUCCGCGCAUGGGCCGACGGCGCCCAGCCGGGUUCCAUCGACAUCAGUCACAAGGGGCCCUGCGCCGUGUACAUGAAGAAGGUCGACGACGCGACAGCGGAUAACAACGCUGCGGGCGAUGGAUGGUUCAAGAUCUGGCACACGGGCUACGACGAGAGCACCGAGAAGUGGUGCACGGAGAAACUGAUCGACAACAACGGGUUCCUGUCUGUGCGGGUACCCUCGGAUAUCGAACAAGGCUAUUACCUGGUCCGGACGGAGUUGUUGGCGCUGCACAACGCUGCCUUUGCGGACCCGCUUGACCCGCAAUUCUAUGUCAACUGCGCCCAGAUCUUUGUGCAGGGUGGUGGCAGUGCGAAGCCCGAGACUGUUAGUAUCGGUGAGGGCUAUUACUCGCUGGAUAGCCCCGGCGUGAAGUACAAUAUCUAUGAGAAGCCCCUGAAGCUGCCCUAUCCGAUCCCCGGCCCGGUCGUCUAUGAGAGUAAGGGUGUUGCGGAGCGUUCGGUCAGUCCGGGGGAGAAGAGGGAUGUUGCUGCUCAGAACAAGGGUCUCAAGCCUGCCGGUUGUAUCAUGCAGCGCGAUAACUGGUGUGGAUUUGAGGUUCCUGACUAUAGUGAUGAGGACGGCUGCUGGGCUUCUUCCCAAAAGUGCUGGGACCAAAGUGAGGUGUGCUACAACACCGCUCUUCCCACAGGUGUCCACGCUUGCGACAUCUGGAUGACCAAGUGCAAUGGCAUCGACGAUGCCUGCCGCAGCGGCGAUUUCAACGGACCCCCGAACAAGGGCCAGGUUCUUACGCCGGAGCCCAAGAAGCUUGGGGGAUCGACCAACGUCUUCAAGAGGGAGGUCAGGAAGUACAAGAAGUGGAUCGCAUGAGCGAAGCAUGGGCCAUGGAGUAGCGGGCGUAGUGAUUGAUGAGACUUUUGACGAAUCGCUGCACGACAGCACAGGAUAGAGCAUUUGUUAGCUGGACUACGGAAUCGUAUUGAUUGAAUAUCCUGUGCCACCAUUCUUCCUUCCCUUUCUUUUCUCUUUUUAGGUUCUUAUAUUUCACCUUGACGCUCCGUUGCCUGCAUGCAGAAGGGGUACACCAACAAGCUCCAAGAGUGGUACGCGGGAUACGCAGCAGCUGAAACAUAGGAGAGGUGUUCAAUCGCGCAACUCAGUUUCUCCCCACUUAGGGGUGGAUUCAUAAAUGAAACGCGGGUGAGACAAGACUUCUUUCUGAUACCCUUGAGUCCAAGUAAAGGAUAAAGAAUGGUAAGGGCAAGGUUUUCACAACUCCCACGAAAGUGAUAACCCUUCAUUUCAUAUCCUAUGAAAACAACUGUCACAAACAGAUCAAGUUCCCUCAGUAGCAUUGAAAGAGAGACCAUGGAAAAUGUGAUGUUAACCCACACGAAGACAAAAUCGACAUCUUA